CUCUCCAGCACGGGGCUCCGCGGGCCCUCGGCCCCUGGCCCCGGCCACGCGACACGGCGGGGACGCUCCGGCCGGCUUCCUCGAGGCGCGAGCGCGGCUGCUGUAAGGAACCACUGGCCAGAAAGUCAUACUGAGCCCCACACAGAAGACAUUACUUCUUAUCAGAAUCCAGAGGACCUUUCAACAGUGGAUUCAAAAGAGGGUACUUCGGUUCAGGCCUCCAAAAUGAGCCACACUUCUUCGGAAGCUCCAGAAAACCUUACUCUCCUAAUUGCAAAAGCAAGUGCUGAAGGGAGGAAGGCAUCUUCUAGUAGAACAGAUUUCACUGUUUCCCCCGCUGGACGCUCACCUAGGAGUACAAGAGUGCUGACUUCUCAGAAUAGCACCUUAGCCUUACAGAGGCUUCACUUGCCAUCUAACAGUUCAGAGUCAGAAGGAAGAAUUGCCUCUUCUCACAUGGAGAGUGGAACAGUGCAAGGCUUCCUGGAGAGGGUGAAGGGCCUCUCAGAAGAAGCGACUGUGCACACUCAAGUGUCUGGCACUUCAGUUUUGAGCCAGUCCUCGCAUCCUGCUUUGGAACCAGGAGAACUAACCAUGCUGUCCAUGAAAAGAAAUUCCUCAGGACCACAGCUCUCAUUGUUUCAUUUCUCCAGGACACCAGCUUAUUCUCCUUCUUCAGAACAUUCUUCAUGUCCCCCACUGCCUCUGAACAAGAUAGUCCAUGAGAAAUGGGAAUCAGCAUGUCCCCAACUCCCUGUACAAGCUCUUGAAAAUGUACAGGAACUGAACUCCAGUGUUUCCCAAAGCCCAUCAGUCAGCCAGACCAACAGUAUGCAUGUUGCCACUACAUUAACUGAUGGUGCCCCGCGGAAGCUCCAGUCUUUGACUGUCAAUCUGAGGCCUAUAAACAAGAUGGUGGCUUUUCCUGAAGACACCAAAAUCACCACAACUUCUGCCACAGUCCACUCUUCACCCUCUGUAGUGGAACUGCGAAAAAAUGGCAGUAUAACCAAGAAUCCAGCAGAUGAAGAAUUCACUAAACAGUCCACAGAAAAUGAAUUUGAUCUUACAUCUGUACAUAAGCAAAAUGAUUCACCAACUUUUGGAAGCCAUCAGCUUACUAGCACCUUAGAAGCAGAAAAUAAGAGUUCCAUGCCUCUCACUGAGACUGCAUCUAAGUCGGUGCCCUUCAUCAGAGGUGAAAAGAGCACAGCACAAUGGUUACUGAUCAACAGCAAGACACCUGCUGACGUGACAAGAAGUUCUGCUUCAUAUGAUAGAGUUCUGACCCAGUUCUCAGACUCUGCUCAGCAGUUUAUAGGAGGUAACACAGCACUGGCUGAGAACAGUUACUCAGAGUCUUUGUCUACAUCUUCCUUACAAAGCCUGGAAUCUUCAGCACAACAUGGAGAACAUUCAACACAGGAACACAGUACAGCGCCUGGAGCCCCUUCCCCUGCCGAGGAAGAGAGCACUUCCGGGGCGCAUGCCCGCGGAACGCACACGUCGUCUGCGAUGCUCACCGGAAGUGGGGAGCGCACGCUGCGCUCUCUCAGCCUUCCCGAUGCGGUGACGUCAGCGGAGGCAGGCAGCUCUGUAGCAGCUCCCCGGGAAACUGAGGGCACUGAUCUGCAUGGCAAUGUGACAGACGACAUGGGCGUGAUCUCACGGUCAACGGCUGCCUUGCCUGCUCUUGGAGUCACUGGACUUAGUGGUCAAAUGAGUGGCACAGAUACUGAACAAAGGGCUUCCAGUGACCACAGAGACCACACCUAUGUUUCAUCUACUUUCACCAAAGGAGAACGGGCAUUACUGUCUAUUACAGAUAAUAUUUCAUCCCCAGACAUCAGCGAGAGCUCAACUUCUUAUGUUAAAAUCUCAAACUCUUCAUAUUCAGACUCUUCUUCCUCUUCUCUUGUUCAGAGUAAAAGAAGUAAUGUUUCAUUCUAUGAUGGAAAAUAUGCUCAGCCUUCCACAGAGUCACUGGUUCUGCAUACAUCCAGAGCUCCAUCCUACACAUCCACCAUUAAAAUACCAAAUGUCUUUGUUCCUGUGGGUGCCGAUACUGGAACUGUUGAUGACUCAUCUUCAGGGUCCCCAUUCCCUCCACCCUCAGUAUCACAGUCCUUCCAGUUUUCAUCAAGUUUACCGUUAACCAGGACCUCCACACAUCAGCUCAAGUCUACCUCUGAGGUGUCCACAAUUUUGUCUUCCUCACCAUCACUUUUAUCAAUGUCUUUGAUGGCAUCUACUCCACUUUCAGUCCCACAAGAAACUUUACCACGUUCAUCUUUUACUCCAGUCCUAUCUAAGACAAGGGAGACACCUGUGACGUCAGUUCAGACAUUGACAAUGGCGUCAUCCAUAGCAGUGAGCCACAGUAGUCAAACAACAUAUCCCAACACCCAGAGUACUCCCCACCAAGAGAAAAUUUUUACAGAACCAAAGUCACCAAUCCUGGUGUCUCUGUCCACAGAAUCCACCAAAGCUAUAACAAAGAACUCUCCUGUAGAGGUCCCUUUGCCCUCAGCCUUAACAGAAUCCUUUACUGAGCCAGCUCUUACAACCAUGAGCACCAGCUUAACCUAUAUGUCUCCAACACUGGCCACCACCAAUCUUAAGACCUCUCACCCUCCCGUGAUCAGUCCCAGCACUCUGUCAAGCACAAAAUCUCUGGUCACUGGCCCUGGAGCUGUACUUACUAUAUCUGGAAAAGAGCUCUUGCCAACCGAUCCUGAAAUUCUAGUGCCACGCAUCUCAACAGAACAUGACAUUACCACAGAAAGGAACCAAGUGCAUAUAGAUGCUACAACCCAGUCGAUCCCUCUGACUAGUGUACCUGGAUCAGCAAAAGAAUUGAGCACAAGACUUGGCAUUACAGAAGAGUACAGCCCUGCUUCACCUUUCCUCAGAACAUCACCUUUCACCAAAAGCACAGAUGUAUCUACUGCUGAAACAACUCCUAAAUCUAUCACCUUCACUGCCCAGAGUAGCACACAGUCACCAAUGACAUUGUUACCAGUCAAUAGCUGUGCCGUGAACCCAUGUCUUCAUGAUGGCAAAUGUAUUGUGGACCUCACCAAUCAUGGCUAUCGAUGUAUCUGCCCUCCUUCAUGGCAAGGAGACAACUGCAGUGUGGAUGUGAACGAAUGCCUCUUGAAUCGCUGCCCACGUCAGGCCAUAUGUAACAAUACUCAGGGAUCUUUUAUCUGUAGAUGCCCCGUUGGCUACCAUUUGGAAAAAGGAAUCUGCAGUUUGGUUAGAACCUUCGUGUCAGAGUUUAAAGUGAAGAAACAGUUUCUUAAUACUACCUUGGAAAAAUAUUCAGAUUUACAUAAAAUUGAAAGUGAAAUCACCAAAAUGUUAAAUAUAUGUUUUUCAACAUUACCUGGUUAUAUCCAAUCCACAGCUCAUGUAUCAAGGGAGUCCAGUGCAUUUGUGACCUCCCUGCAAACCACCUUUUCCCUGGCCUCCAGUGUGACACUGUUUGACCUGAACGAUGGGAUUCAGAAAUUUGUCAACUCCUGCAGGUCCUCUGCUGAAGUCUGCCAACUCUUGGGAUCCCAGGCGCGGGUCUUUAGAGCGGGCAGCUUGUGCAAGCGAAAGAGUCCACAAUGUGACAAAGAGACCUCCAUCUGUACCGACCUGGACGGAGUCGCACUGUGCCAGUGCAAGUCGGGCUACUUUCAGUUCAACAAGAUGGAUCACUCAUGCCGAGCUUGUGAAGAUGGAUAUAGACUGGAAAAUGAAACUUGUAUGAGUUGUCCCUUUGGCCUCGGUGGUCUCAACUGUGGAAAUCCCUAUCAGCUUAUCACUGUGGUCAUUGCGGCAGCAGGAGGUGGGCUUCUCCUUAUCCUGGGCAUUGCUCUGAUUGUCACUUGUUGCAGAAAGAAUAAAAAUGACAUAAGCAAACUCAUCUUUAAAAGUGGAGAUUUCCAAAUGUCCCCAUAUGCUGAGUACCCCAAGAACCCUCGCUCCCAAGAGUGGGGCCGAGAAGCUAUUGAAAUGCAUGAGAAUGGAAGCACCAAAAACCUCCUGCAGAUGACGGAUGUGUACUACUCGCCCACAAAUGUAAGGAAUCCUGAACUUGAACGCAAUGGACUGUACCCGGCCUACACUGGAUUGCCCGGCUCCCGGCAUUCUUGCAUUUUCCCCGGACAGUAUAACCCGUCUUUCAUUAGCGAUGAGAGCAGAAGAAGAGACUACUUCUGAGAGCGGACGAGAAAGGGCCAACCACUCUGAGCCAGGUCCUUGGCACCUCUGUGGCUCAGAGGACCAAGCCAGCACGAGCACCGGGCGCUGGCUGCUCUGGGCCUGGUCAGAGCCACACUCAAAUGGCAAGAGAAAGACAAGUGUGAAGGCCAUGACCACAGUGGAAGGGGCCAGAUGGACAUGGACAUACAGGCUGCUCAUUUGGCACCUUUGUCAUUACUGUGAAUGUGGAUAUGGGCCAGUACUGAGUGAGUCUCUGAGUGAUUACAACGUGGCACUGACUUUAGGGACGGCUAUCAGCCACAGCAGACCACUAGGUGUCAUUGCAAGGACCCAGGGUUCCCUUAGUUUGCACUUUAGUCAACUGGGCAUGCAGGUUUCCUUUUGGAUUUGUCUCAGAACUGUCCCCAAGAGACACCGAGGCAUUUCUACAGACCGCAGUUGGUGAUUAACAUGUGGUCAGAUGCUGGCUUUUGUUCUCCUACCCAGCACCUCGUGCAGAACAACAAUUGGGGAUGGACAUACCACUAUGUUUUGAAGAUACUGCAGUUGAGCAUUUUAAUGCUUCUAGAUUGCCUUAUGCUAUAGUCUCCAAGCCAACCCCCAAGAUGAGGAAUUGACCUUUAUGAGGCACAGCAUCCAACUCCCCUUUGUUUUUUUAAGUCAAGAUGAUACACUUAUUUAUAAUGUUUUUUUUUUCCUUAUAUAGUUAAAUCUCACUUUUUUGAGCAAAUGGAUCAGGGCAAAACAGCUUACAUUUGAUUUUAGAGGCACCCAGCUGCCCCAGAGUAAGACCGGAUAGGCGAAUUGGGAGCUGGACCAACAGUGGUGGGACACUUGUUAUCUGUGAGAACAGCACUGGGGACUUGGGAGUUUGACUACUGUCAUGGAAACCAGAGGCUACAAUGGAUAGGAAAGAGGAAGGCUGUGUCAGCUGGGGCCUCAGUUGGUGUGUCCGCAUUAGAGGGAAAGCCUGCUGUGUUGGUGCAGAUGAGUGAGGUUCAAAGAGUGGGUCAGAUGGGCACAUUAGAUUCUUUGCAUCAACAGUGCUGUGGGAAGCCAUAGGGAACUCCUGAGGGAGAAAUGGAGCUCGGAUGAAGCCAUAGGUAAGUGUAUUUACUGGCUAAUCUUUGUAUACAGAAUCUCAUCUACAAACUCAGUGUAAACUUUCAACUGAAGUUAUUUAUUCAGUGAAGAAGUAACUCAUUUUCUCUUACCCAGCAUUUGGUACUUGUUUGAGACUGCCCUCUGCCCCAGAAACACAGCUAGGCUUCGGGAUUGUGGUAAAGGAACAAGGACUGGCUGGCUAGAGGGUCCGAGUGCUUGUGUGUGGGAAGGAAAUGCCAACGCUGUACUUACUGCACAAGUGUCGUGCGUCCUGUGAGAGGUUUGUCCAACACUCCAAGUCUUCUAACUUCUCUCUGUGGAAAUAUGUUCAUUUGUCUCCUUGUGGAACAUCCUGGUGUGGGAUGAAGGAAAGGGAACACAGAAGUAAAAGAACUGUCCCCAUCCUGGAGCUGAGAGUCCAGUGGUACGCAUUUCUGGAAAUGGCACAGCUGCUGGGGACACUUGUGUCACAGGCAAGGUGGCCUCUUCACAGCUCCCUAUGAUCUCUUCAGAACAUGCAGUUGUCACCCUAACAGUGUUGUGUGGACUCCUGGGUCCCACAGCCUCCACGGCUUGCUAUCGCCUGCUGUGGCAGAGGCACUAGGCAAGUGCAAUGAAUUUCAGUAGUUAGAUUGUACUCAUCUGAGCAUGUACGGAUUCUGUUACUGUCCGUGGUUGUCAAAGUCUCCAAGCACUGCCAUUUUGAAGCCUUGGAUCUGGCCUGUCUGUGGAGCCAAAGGGCCCUGUGUACCUUUCUGCCUUGCAUCUACCUGCAAGGCUUUGAACUUCACACUCAGCACAUCUUGGCCAGCAGAGUUGGGUCCCUUGUGAAACAGCCUCUUGCCUGUCCUUUUGUGCUGCCUCCCCUAGCUAUAGGGAGAGCCACCAUAGCAACCUUUCCCAGGCACACUUUAGCCUUGGGCAAACACCAAAGCUGGUAAGCCAUCUCCCAUGUCAGGCCAGAAGCCUUAAGCCCCAGAAUAUGAACAGUCCUGUCUCAAAGGCAUGCUUCAGAAAAUCCUAACAUCUAAAACGUGUCCUGUGAGUUCCAGAUAUGUGCAUUCAUAUGCUUUGUCCAAAUGGAGUGGAUUAAGAAGUGUGUGGUUUUUUUUUUUUUUUUUUCACUGUGAAAAAAGGUGUCAAGCAAGGUGGAGAUGACUGCAGCUCCACUUUAGGAGGGGGUAGGGUAGGGAAGCAUCCUGAGGUUUGAAGAAGGCAUUAGAGGGGCAUGAGUUACCUGUUACCACCUGUCCUGGGCAAGGAAGGGAGAGGCUGAACUCACUGCUGUUCCGGGGUUUUAUCUCCAGAAGGGCCUGCCUGGGCCAGAGUAAACAGCUGUCAGGCGUUAGCAGCCCACAGACAGGCAAACAGGACAUCCACCUGACGUGCGGGAACACAGCUGUGCCCCAAGUGCUGUGUCAUCCUCCACACCUGGAAUGUGUGAUUCGUGUGCACAGAAAUGCCAUGAUGCUGCACUGGGACCCCACAGCUAUGACAUUUAGCACCUCACAAGCUGCUUCUGUAGGGAACAGCCAGGCCAGGUGGAACUUGUGUGUCAGGAGAAUGCUGGGGCAUGAGGCCUGGACCGGGAGGAGUUGACUCCUGGCUUCCUGGUUUCCAUCCCAGGCUUUAAGCUCCAAGCAAUCUUAUUUCCAUCAUCUUUUCCUGUUUACACCAUGAGCCAGCCCAGGGUGCUAGGAUCUGUUUCUUUAGAAAGAUGUUCCUGCUAUGAGCAGGCUCCAUGCAAGGCUGUGGGCUCAACACACUAGUUAGCUGUGAAUGCUCAUUUCUUGGACAUAAAGACCUUGGAAGUGGAUAAGUGAUUGGCCUUGUAAAGGUGGGAUUUGAGUCAGUGUGCAAGACUCGUCCUGUCCCACUUCCCACUCACUGUCCCUGCCUCAUUUCCUGGCAGACACCUCGCCAUGCAGUAUACUUUAAAUCUCACAGAGAGCACAAGAGAAUGGGCCUACAACUUAAAUUAUUUUUAAGGAAUUAUAACAUAUUAAGCAGUAACCAAACUAAUGACAGGAAAUACACAACAUGCUGAAUGCCUUUUUGAAAAUGCAUGAAGGUUGGUUUUUACAUGUGUUUCCCAGACACUUGUGGUCACUUUGAGAAAGUGGUGGCUGGCUUGUGCUCAGCAGGAAGCAUGUGGUGUGUGGCUGAGGCGGGGGAGGUGCACGGUGCUCCCCUGGGGGGCUCUAACAAGCGCAGUCAGAACCGCACACCUGCUGGGUGCUGCUGCCCCCCUCGCACUCGCGGUGAGGCUGCCCACACGGGAGCGUGCUUUCACGAAGCAUCGCCAGAUCUGGGAACAUCAGUGAGGUGUCUUCCGUGCUGAUUUUCCUUCUUCAAGGGGAAAGUUAUUUUCAAAAGCAGCUUGCUGAAUGGAUGGUGCCAUCAAGCUGGCUGUUCAUAUUUAAAGUUAGAACGUAAGGGUGGCUUGUGGUAUAUGGAAGAGGUAGCUCAAGUGGGCCUGUGCGAGAGGGCUGCAUCUUAGGAUAGGUGCCGGAUGCUACCAAAGGAAGUGUCCUUGAAGGACAGUAACUAUUCACAUGUGAGAGUUCCGCGCGGGCACAUUAGCGUCACCUCUUGUGACAUGCUUUUGGAGCCUCCAAGCCAGCUGCUUGCCCCAUGGUGGAGUGCCCAGGUGGUAACCCAGAACAGUGAACUGCCAGAAAAAUAGUGCUGUGCUGUUGAGAGUCACCCUUGGCUUUGCCUGACACACCCACAGCUAGGUAUUUGAUUCAUAGUUCUAAAAUAUAUUUGGAUGAUAGCACUUCUUUGGAAAGAGGAAAGAGUACAGAGUUCAGUAUUUUGUAUUUUAUUUAAAACUGCCCUUAAUAUAAGAGAUACUUUUCUUGUCUGAAAGCUUUUGUGGUGGUAGGAAUAGGCCAUGUCAUUCCAAAGGUUCUUACGUACAUUUUAGAAACAGAAUUAUGGUUUUGCAGAAUUUGCUUUUGGGGGUUUUUGUUUUUUUUUUUUUUUCUUUUCCAAAUCCCCAAAGAAGAAAACUGGUUAAAGUAGCAGGCACAUUACAGUAUCAAAUGCCAAUUUCUUAAUCUAAAGUAUCUCGGUAGCAUUAUACUCCUUGUUGAUGUAAACUUCAGCUCACAGAAAAGCCCAUGAAACCAAAGGGGACCCUUAGGUCUAAAGAGAUAGAUCCUAGACCGGAUCUGUCCCACGAGCUAUUUCAAAGGAGUCCUUUGUUAGAUUCUAGGAUUAUGAUCUUUAUGAUGUGUUUGAUGUACAUUAGUACAGACUUCUUCAGUAGGGAGGAGGUGUGAAGGAACCAGUGUGUCCAGGAACCUUAUCCAAAGGUUCCUAAGCCUGUUUCAAAGGAAAAUGAUUAUUUCAUCAUGAGUUGCAGUGAGUCUUGUUAAUGUCUGCAUCGCUGGAUGUAUGGUUAAGUGUAACAUGUAGUUGGAAUGUGAACUUUCUGAAUUUUCACAUUGUCCUGAAUUUCUGUAUGUAAACCACAGUCCCUGAUUGAUUGUGUUAAAUCCAUUAUGAGAAUGUUAUUUAAGGUUGUAUUAUAAUUCCAGCCUCUGCUAAUUAUUCAAUACUGUAGCAGCAAAGUAUUAUUUGUAAGAAUUUGGUUAUUUUUAUAAUUAUAUACACUCUAAAUCUGGCGUUCUAGUCAGUAAAAUGAUGCAAUAAAAUUAAUAUUAUUUUCA